GGGGAAAGAAGAAAGAUGGAUGGACGGACUUACAGCCUGCUGCCUGUUCCUUUCCUUCUGCUUCUGCUCUCUGAAGAUGUAGUGAACCGAAUGAAAGAAUCUCCUCAAAGUAAAAGGGACAACCAAAGAUCGCCCUGUUCAUCCAAUGGCACAGCUCCAUCUUCACCAGCUGCAGAAGGGAAACCCAAAUCUCCUACAGGAAUCCAGCCACCAGUGGCAAGUGACUCUGGUCAGAAGUCUUCUGCUGGAGAGCAGGAACUGUACAGAAGGUAUGAGCAAGAACAGGCACUGGUCCAAGAGGAGUUGCUCCGGCUGGCCAAAAGAGAAAGGGAAGCAGCCAGCGAGGCCUUGAAUACCGCCCUUCAGCGGGAGAGGAACAACACUAAUGAAGAGAGGCAGAGAGUGGCCCAGCUGCCUGCGGAUUUGGACGCCUGGGCCAUGGAGCUGCAAGGCAGGGAGGCAGAGUUGAAGCGGCAAGAGGCCUUCUAUAAAGAGCAGUUGGCUCGCAUUGAGAGAAAGAAUGCAGAGAUCUACAAGCUGACAUCCGAGCAGUACCAGGAGGCAGCCACCAAGGCAGAGGAGUGGAUAAAGAGAAGGAACACUGAUCCUGUCUGUGCAAGCCUGCAGUCUGAAAUUCUGAAGUGCUACCAAGAAAACAAACGUGAAGUGCUCAAAUGCUCAGAGCUGGCUAAGGAGUAUCAGCGCUGUGUUAGUGCAGCUCAGAAGUUUUUCCACUUUUCAAGCCUUCCUUGCAAACAGGAGGAUCUCGGGCUCUUUAGUUUUAAGCGGAAGCCAAGAUUUCAUGCUGGUUGGAAAGCUGAGGCUGGCUGGCGUCAGUGGGGCCGGGCUCGGCUUGCGUAAUUCAGAGCCUUGUGCUUGGAGGCCUUUGGUCAGCAUCAUCCAGGGGUGGUGCUUUGGUAG